AUGCUUCUGUUUCACUGUAUUUUCCUCUAUAUUUUCCUCAGCGGUUGCAGCGCCCAGCGAGUGGUGCUGCAGACGUUCGUGGACGAGAGCCACGAUUUAGUUCUCCACGAAGGAGACGAUCCCUGCAUUGUCCUGCACGAAACCUGCUGCAGCCGUGAAGAAUCGCAAAGCGGCUCGGACGAAUACGAAGCGUGCGUGAGCGCCACCUACCAUCUAAUGACUCGUCUGUUGACAGCGCAUUGGCGGCACUUCAGCGAGAAACUCUCCGUUCACCCUUCGCUUUUCCUGCGGUGCAGAGAAUUUGAUUAUAGCCGUCCAACCUACGAAAAUGCGACGGAGCGGAGAAAUGAAGGCACAUCGAAGAAAGUCAUGCAAGUGUUACUGGACAUCCUGCGGAGACGCGACGACAGAGACAGUGCAGCCAGAGAAUUCGACGUAAAGAGAAACGAAUUACGCAUGACAACGGAAGAACAGGUGCAGUUGUAUCGAGACGCGAUUUUGCUGGAGCCCAGCCAUCCCUUGGUCGUGAGCCAAUUCGGAGUGGCUCUGCUGGCAUUGGGCAGGGAGGAUUUAGCGCGUGCGCUGUUCACUGACGCAGUACGCAGGGGAGUAUGGCUUGAUCCUAUGCAGCGACCGGUGAGCUAUUACAUCCCCGGCAUCGCGUCCAAGCCGUGGUACGACGCCCGUAAAUUUCCAUUUACGGAGGUCCUCGAGGGAGGAUACGAAGAUAUACGGAGAGAGAUACAGGCUGCAGAAGAUAGCUUGUUCUACGUGGAGGCAGAGAAUAGAAAUUCGUACAACAUUGGCGGGAACUGGAAAACUCUGGUCGUCAAAGAAGAUCGCAACUCGUACACAGAACUGGCGGAAAAACAUUUCCCCAAGACGAUAGAAUGGCUAGAAAAGUGCGCAGAGGAUUUUCUGCUAGUGAAAUUCUCCGCGUUGGACCCCGGCACCGUCAUCCACCCGCACACGGGCCCGUCAAACGAGCGCCUGCGCUCCCAUUUUACUCUAGCACACGACGGCGGCGCGCGGCUGCGGGUGGGGAGCGAGUGGCGGACAUGGGAGGAGGGGAAGGUGAUGGUAUUCGACAGCAGCUGGGAGCACGAAGUGAUCCACGAGGGCUCCAGCAGAAGAAUAGUCCUCAUAUUGGACGUCUGGCACCCCGACUACAUCACUGCCCCUACUAUUCAUGGUCAUUAG